CCGGCCUCUUUUGAUAGGCCACUUGAUUAUAGACUCGGUUUCUAAUUAGCAUACGGUGUCAAGGCAAGAGAAGGAAGCCCAAAAUCUGAAUGAUUGAAUCGCUUCUAGGCGGUUAAAUUUAUGGCUGGAAACAAACUUUCGCGUGCACGAGCGCGCCACGCAAGCCGGCUGUAGCGUGAGAUUUUCGCCUGAAUGAGGCUAGAAAAUAACUUGAAGCAGGAGAAAUGGCGGACACUCGAAGACCUUCCUCGGUUCCCUCAGAGGACUUUUAUAAAACGCGUAUGGCCAACUCGAAUAAUUCGCGCAAGUCUUCUGUACAAGCUGGAAGAGGAACACCACAACUUCUAUGUUCCGAUCGCUCACUCUUCAUCUUUUCAAAGGAAAAUAUCAUUCGAAGAGUAUGCAAGAAAAUCGUCGAAUCUAAAGUAUCCUUUGAGCCGUUACGGGCACAUCAGUAGAAAAUGUUUUUUUAGCCUUGGCGUUGUCGGAGUUUGUUGUCGUCUAUGGCAAAGUGGAACGUGCGUGAUAAAUUCUUUGUCAGUGUUGAGUGUUUUGAAACCUGAGGGGAAUUUUUCUGUCCUCUAUUUAGUGAGUCUUCGACGCUAUUGUGGGAGAAUUUUUUUAAUAUAAUUUUAUUUUUUUGACUUAUCUGUGAAUUUAUGUAUGUUCGUAUGAUAUAUUCCUUAACUGAAGACAAGCCUUUUGAAUAUUUUAUUCUAUUGACUAUCUUUGUCAAUUGCAUCUUACUGGCCGCUAAUACUCCUUUGCCUGAAAACGACAAGUCAGACCUAAACAUUAAACUAGUAAGUAACAAUUUUUCUAGUUUUAUCCUUCCUUAACAAAACAGCGAACGACAACGCACUGCAGUGAGCGAAACUGUCACGACUAGGCCGCUACAAGGACAGAAAUAACUUACGCUUGCUGCUAUUUAUCCUAUCUUUCAGGAAAGCGCCGAAGUAUAUUUAUUAGCGAUAUUCUGCCUAGAAGCUCUUUUAAAAAUUAUAGCCCUGGGAUUUGUGCUACACAGCGAAUCAUACCUCAGGAACGGAUGGAACGUGUUGGAUUUCGUGGUUGUAGUAACCGGGUUAGUACGGAUACAGCAUGUGUGUGUGUAUAUGCAACAUAAUGUCAGAGAGCUAUAUUCAUCGGUGUAUGUCGUUGUAAUUUUGACCGAUAAAUUUCAAUAUUUAAACAACCAUUAAACUAUGUAGAUUUGCCUUGGAAAAAAAUACUUUGAUGGAAAAACAUUGGCUGCAAUUUGUCUGGACUGGGAAUUGAUCAAAUUUCGCUAAACGCGGAUAUUAAGCUUGAAAAGUGCACCGAUCGGUAACGGAAACCGAUCGGAAGAGAGCGCUCUUGACAACUCUAAAGCACUAAGCAAUUACACUAGCCGUAAACAUGACAACAACUACGUUGAAUUAAACGAUAUUGAAUCUGAUCCACGCUCUACAAAGCACAGUGCGUCACUGUAGCCUGUGUUAAACUGGCUCGCUUCCACGACUUAACGCAGCGAAGCAAACAUAGUCCAAAAGUAACGAGAGAAAGUCGCUCAAGCGAGACAAAAGACUCAGUCACGCAUACACAGUAUAAUACUGAUAAUAAUAGCAUGGCUCUAGUAAAAGUUACUAGUAUUCUUUUAAAAGCUGACUGUAAGCCGAUUGUUACAGCCAUGCGCCUUGUAGAUGGGAAAAUUGUAUUUGUAUUAACCGAUUAUCUGUUCGCUCGUACGUUGGGGGUGUUGGAAUUUUCCAUUUAAAUUUCACGCGAAUCUCCUUAAGUCGUUUUAAACCAGGCGUUCAGAACAAAAACCAAACUUCGUUUAAUCGCCUAAUGCGCUAUUAUUCCGUCGAGAAACGUCGUCUGCGUAAAGUUUCGACUGAAAAGGAUCGGACCAGAGCGAGCAUUCCACAGCGCAGAAUAAUUUUACAUCAAAACUUCUGCCUCGUUUAAAUUAUUUAAAGUCGCUGAAGUAAGUAACCGUGAUGUAUAAAAAGUCACCAUGAGAAAACGAAGCGGCCACUAUUUGACGGCGGGUCCGCUAUUUCCUUCAAAUUGAAAAUAAAUGGGCAAAUGACUCUAAAGAAAACAGUAGACAGACAUUUUAAGCGAUUUAGAACAAGCUGAGGUUUUACUCUAGCCCUCAAUUAAACAGCAAUAUCUCUGAAAGCAAGCGGCAACGCUGCACGCGACUUAAAAUGAAAUACAAAUAAAGUCAAUCUACACGGGACGACGUAUUUCUUUCUCAGCACCUCUACAACAGGUGCAUGUGGAAUUCUAGCGCGAAGUGUAUUUUCCCGAGAACAGAUUACAAGGAAUAAUCGACUUAUGAAUUGUGUACUAUAAACAUGGUAAUUCUUUCGACGACGGUAUAAACAUGACUCGCUGAAAUCUACGUUCACUUUAACAAGCAAAAAUUCUGCAGUAUCUAUGGCAACAGGAAUGUCAUAAUCCAAAUGCGUUAAAAAGCCGGGUUAAAAAACACUAAUCGCGUUCAUUGAAAAUUUUCCGAAAGAGUAACUUGAGUUGGAAGACGUAUUGAAUCCACGCGUAACAUUAACACUUAAGCCAAUGACUCAUUCCAGAGGAACGCGGUUGCGACAUUGUUUUAGUUUUUGUUUUAUGAAAUGUUAUCGGGAAAUAGUGCGUGAAAUUGUAGCUAGGGUAAAAUGCCGGAGCCAAGAAGUAUGUCACGGCCAGUUCUGGUGGUCAAACAACUUCAAGUUUCAUAUUUUUCUUGUUCUAAAACCAAUUGUUGACAGAACGGGUAAUUAAUAAUUCAAAACUGCAGGGAGUUCGGCAGCUUCACAGUUUUCGUCCAGUACACCUGUCAAAAUCACCUAAGUCAACAUAAAAAAGUUGCCAUUUUAUCGCUACAGUAGCAAACUCUGUUUCGUAAUCCGUUACAAACAACUUUCGCCAAGUCUUUAGUUGACAGUUCAUCACUAUUUCAAAGAGAAGCGAAUGCUAUCUGAAUAUUUACAUUACAAAAACGAUUUUUAUGUAAAUGCAUUUUGCAUCAUUUCACAAAAACUUUCACAAAAAAGAACACGCGUUUAUUUCGUUUUCCGCUCUCACCUGAAAUUACCUGCGGGUAAUUUGAGUCUAAUAAAAUUUUAUAAACAAAACCCUGCAAAUGUUUAACUUGUAUCGAAAAAAUGACAAACAGAGAAAGUUGCCUUCUUUUGUAGGUAAAUGGCCGAAAAGUAAGGUUCCUUAGCCACUAUCAUAUCAUUAAUUGACAAAUUUUGGCCAUUGAGCAUCGAUUCAUGGCAUAGAAGUUUACCUUUAUCGCCCGAUAGUGUCAAUAAUUUUGUCUUGUUUACAUCAACUUUAACUAAACUGUGUUUGUAGAAAUUAUAAAACUGCUGUAUGAAAUCUUUUAACCAACAUAGUACUAUUUCUCAAUUCGCUUAAACAAGUGUGAAAUGCAAAUACGCUUACAGGUAGCUAUUAUGUCUGGAACAUUUGCUGAAGUGACACUUUGAACAAUUAAGUCUGAAAAAAUAUGAAUUUUUUUUCUUGUACAUGUAUAAUAAAGUUGAAAUUUGGAAAAACUACUUCUUAACUUAAGAGAAGCUUAUACAUAUUUGGUAGGUGUUUAGAAUGACUCUCGCAAAAUAUUAUUGAUAUUCAGUGAAAACUUUGAAAACAAGAUGGCUUUAAUCCACAAUUAUGAAAGAACAAAGCCAGCGCAUUUAACCAGAACAACAGCAACACACACAGAGGGAAAGUUUACAAUGAAGUACAGACUGUUAAACUGUACUAGUAACAGUUUUCUGCUCAGUGUAUAAAGUUGGAAACGAAAGAAAAACGCAGCAUGAAUAAUUACACCAAAUAGAAAAUUACAUUUCAUUUGCCGACUGACAUUAAUUUUCUUUAACAGUUGCAUUCUCAUCAUUAAUAUUCUGAGCACACUUUAUGGACAUCUUUUUAACCCAAGAAAACACAGAAAAGUGCACUUAUCUUUCAAAAUGAAAUUGAAUCAUCUAAUUAAUAGAAAGUAUAUAUAACAAGAAUGUUUAGUCAAAAUUUGGUAGCCAUGGUACCAGGAAUUUUAGUUAGAAAUGUGGCAUUAAAUGUUACAAAAAUACCCUAAUUACAACUAGCAUUAACGGCCGUGGUGUUGCAUUUGUUUUAAAAAUAAAUUAUAGAUUGUUACCCUUAAGACAAUUCCUGAGAUCUUUAAUGAAAUAAACAGGAGAAGUUCUUUCAAUAUAAAUGUGCAAACAAAUAGUAAUAUCAUAAAAAAUGGCACAGUUUAAAGGCAAAAUACUUUCUGUGAACGUUUUCCAUAAUUACACACAAGUUAUAAUUUUACUCAUUGCAGUUAUUAGUAAUUAUUACUUAUUGCUGGUAGUACAAUCACCUGGAAACAUUGAUCAGGGUUGUCAAAAGUAGCCAGCUGCCGGCGAAAAUCGUUGCCUACUUGGUUAGUAUCGGCCAGCUACUCUGCUUAGCAUUUCUUUAUGGAUGGCGUUUUUUAAAUAAAUAUCCCAGGCUUGGCCACUUACUUUGACAACUCAGCCGUCUACUUCAAAACUUUCUGACAACCCUGAUUGAUGGAUUUCCAUACAGCAUUGGCAGACUGUAUGUAUAGAGUUCUACAAGAAAUUAGUAAAAUCCAACUAGUGGUCUAUUAUAAAUGCUGUGUUCUGAUUGGUUGAGCUACUACUAGGCUAUAUGUUAUGGCCCACUAGUAGCGAAAAGCAUGAACUUUUUGGCGGCAAAAAAGGAUUUAAGUCUAGCUUUAACUAGCUAAAAGUUUUUUAUUCUCGAUAUUUUUGACCAACUAGUUGGAUUUUACUAAAACAAUUAUUCCCCUCACCCUCAUAGCCUCUGAGUCAAUAGCCCAUUCGGCCUUCUGCCUUGGUGGCUUUUGACUCAGAGCCCAUUCGGGCUCAAGGAAUAACUGUUAAAUAGUGUCAUUCAUAAUCAAAAGGAUAGCUGCAAUGAAUAAAUUCUAAUGCUUUUUUUUACUAAAUUUAAUGGUUCUCUACCAAAUGGUCCUUUAGUACUAUUACAAGCCUUAAGUGCCCGUUCACACAGUAAAAAGGCUUGCUGAAUUUCCCUCUACUUUACAGAAGGCUGCAUAAUAUAUUAAGGAAAACUGCUUGUAGGGUAUGUGACAUUGUGACAAACAAAUCUGGGCAUAAGAAAAAUUUCUCAAAGUUUUAAAUUGGCACAAAAUAAUAAAAAAAAAGCUCUUUAAUGGAAAGAAGUGAAAGCUGUUUGAAUUGCAGCCUAAUUGAAGGCUAGUUUAAAAAGGACAAUGCCUUCUAUGAAUGUUUUCCAUUAUUGCACAAUUGUAGUUAUAAUUCAUUGAACUUGCACAUGCAAGUUAUUCAUUAUUAUUUACAUUGACAAAUUAUUGGUUAUUAAAUCACCUAAACCGAGAUGGAUUUUCAUCAAAAGUUGGCACAUAUGACUUGUAAGCAGAAGUUAACCCCAAGCAAAAAAAAAGAAUUUAGCAAACAAAGUGCUACUAGCAAAACAGUAAUAGCAGGGAUGGCUAAGGAGAAUGAAUUCAAUAAAACUGCUCUUUUAAGUAAACCGUUCUUAGUAAUUAAAUGCCUAAAAUGCUUGUUCAUAAAAUUCCAAAGGCUUACAUGAUUUUACCAAUAAUACAUGGAUAGCUGCAUAAUAUAUUAUGAAAAUUGCAUGUAGGAUAGACCAUAUUUUGAUAAAAACAUAUGCAUUUAAGUAAAUUUCCAAAAUUAUAAAUUGGCAUAGAAUGGAAAACUAAGGCCAAGGACAACAAAAGAACUGUAAAAGAGAUCUUAAUUACCUAAGUAAAAUUUGUCUACUGGUCAAUUCAAACUCAUUCAGACUAACUUGAGAAAGACAUCAAACUUCAUGAACCUACUCAGCUCAGUUUGGUUUCGAUCAUGAAAGUUUGAUGUUCAGCUUUUGUCUUUUAAAACAUAAUAUUGAAACGAGUAAACUAACUUUUCUCUAACUCAAGUUAAACAUCCCUCACCAAGUUAUGACCAAAAUUAAUAUGGCUACCAUGACAUCUAACCACAACUCAAAGUUUUCCUUUCCAUGUAGUUUUGAUUAUUAUUUACAACCAAUAACUGAGUCCCAAACAUUUUGUGGUCAUCAUUGUACAAUUCAAACUAAUGUCCUUUUUUGCAAAGACAUUCAGAAAUAAAUAUCACAUGGUAUUUCCUUGCACUAACAAUAAACUUCUCUUUGCCUCCCGGAACCUAAAAAUUAUAAUCAGCCUCGCCAUAUUUUGGUUCUCCAAAACAGCAUUUAUGUUUUGUUUUCUAGAAAAGUGAUGAUCCCAAGAAAAUAAACAAAGUAUGUACAUGUACUAAAGGACCACCCUCCUCUGCCCUAUCCAUAAAGGAAUGAACAGCUACAGUGAAUGAGUUCUAAUACUCUUUUUAAGGAAAUGGAUUUUUUGAAUCGCAUGCUUAAAAUGCUUAUUUGUACAGUUAAAAGGCUUGUUGAGUUUACUACUUUACGUAAUGACGACUUCAUGCAAUACAGCAACGUUUUGCCUAUCUAGAAAACUUAUGAUCCCCUGAUAAUAUGUGGAUGUAAUGUUUUUAGCAGUGUGAUAGGUAUACAGCAGUGAUUUGACAAUAUUCUCUGCAAAUUAAUCACCGUCAUCAUUGAUUCUGUUGGUAGUGAAUUUUCACAACAUUGCAAAAGAUUUCCUCAUAUAAACUAUUAAGACAUAACCUGGACAAAUGUCUUCUAGUACCAUACCCAAAAUACCCAUCACUGUCCUUGUUUGGAUCUAAGUACAAUGAAACUACUUGUAUAAAAUGUAAACAAUAAUUUAUACAGUGCACUUCCCAGCUUACUUUGAAAUCAUCUGUAAUGGUAAAAUGACUGCUGAAUUACAAACAUUUUCAACAAUCCGAAAGACUACCCAAAAGCAGGGUGUUCAAUACGCAUUGGAGAUCAAAGAAUUCUCUGUUUACUACGCAGAUUUCUCCGGCUAACAAAAACCAUGCAAAAGUGACAGUCCUUUUGGCCUACCACUUCAAACUUUUGGAAGCCAUUUCUUUAGGAAUUCUGCAUAGGCUUUGUUGUGUUUAUUUCUUUGUUUCAAAAAAACCCCUGAAAGUUCUUUUUUUUUCUGCUUUACAACUGGCACAGUAUCCAAUUGACAUAUUUUUGGACGUGAAGGACAAAGUUUUAACGUGCAAUGGUUACAUGCACAAAUUCACCACCUUUGAGCCAAAGGAAAAAUUAGCCUAAAGCUUAAUGUAAUGUAGGUUCUUCAAGAGCCAAGCUCCCCAGUUACAGAAAGACCAAUACCAUAUCUCAUAAGAAACCGUCAAGCAGAAAUUGUGAAAAUACCUUUGUUAUCUGUGACACCAACUGUAACAAAUUAACUUAGUAGUUACUUUCAAUCUUACCUUCCAAGACUUAAUACCACCAUGGGAAUCAUGGGAUAAUCAUGGGAUAGGUUUAUGGUACCUUAUCUGAAACCAAAAAAUAAACAAUGAAAAUUCCUAACAAUCACUGCAUGAUAUUUAGGUGACUGGCAACUAGAAAAUCACUAGAUUUCAGCCCUGAAUUUUAAGGAUCCCGCUUAUGCAGAAAAAUAAAAGACACAAUAUUUUAAAAAAAUCUUAACCUGUCCUUCAUGCUUAUACAUAAUUUUUUUCUCAUAUUCAUGACAUAUGUUUUGACUAUUAAAGUUUUUAAUUUCAGCCUUUUGAGCCUGCCAGAACUCCAAGUUUUCGAAGCUGGGAGUCUAAAGGCUCUAAGAGCAGCAAGAGUGCUAAGGCCACUCAAGCUAGUAUCAGGAAUUCCAAGUAAGUCAACAAAAUAUGUUUACAUAUUUACAGUCAGGCCUGUAUUACCCUUUCAUUUCCAGAGUCAAUGAUGGAAUCAUGAAAUGCUGUUCUACAACCCUGGACAAAAAGUGUAGGGACAGUUGUACAGUUUGAACGCUUUUGAACACAGGCGAAAUUGUAUUCGUGCGCUACUAACACUGCAUGUCCCUACCCCCUCCCCAUGGAUCUUUCAACAUUGUAUUGAGUGGGGAACGGGGAGGGGACAAGGAUUUGUAAAAUGACAGCACUGCUUUUUAUGACACUACUUGUGACACACAUAGAAUUGCAGUUAUGCUCUGACUGUCCCAAAGACUUUUGUCCAGGAUUGUAGCUUUUGAGUUUGGAUGAAAUCCAGGAUUGUAGCUUUUCUCCAAACUGAUGUCCAUACAUUUCCUUAAGUUUGGAUGAAAGAUCAGGGCAUUUUCUCUCAGAUGAUCAUUUUAAAUUCCAUUUAAAUUGAGAAAAUUGAUCUUGGUCACUAUUGGGACUUAAAGGGUUAAUCAGUUCUUUCACAUGGUAAUACAUGUAUUUAUUGCGAAUGUUGCCAGGUUUUGAGUCUGUGCAUGAAAUCCUGUGGUGUGACCAUUCAAAUGAAACCUUCUCAGUAGUACUUUCAGAUGGUACUAUUUAUUGUGAAUGCUGCUCUAAGUUUUGAGUCUGUGCAUGACAUCAUAUCGUGUGACCAUAGAAACUAAAUCUCCUAAGUGCUCAGCACAUGGUACGAUCCAUUUAGCAUGUAGCUCUAACAAAAAAAACUUUUCAGCAGUACUUUCACAUGGUACUGUUUAUUUAGAAUGUAGUUUUAACUUUUGAGUCUGUGGAUAAAAUCUUAUAGUGUGACCAUUGAAAUGAAACCUCUUCACAUGUACUUUCACAUGGUACUAUUUGAUUCAGUAUGCUGUUCUACCUUUUGAGUUUGUACACAAUAUCCUAUGGUGUGGCCAUUCAAAUGAACCCUCUUUAGAAGUACUUUCACAUAGUACGAUUUAUCUACCAGUAGCACAGCUGUACACUCAAUGUGGUUUUGAGCCCCUUGUGGUUGACAUACUUGUGACCAGUGUUUUCCACCCAUUGGGAAUGACUUUCAUUAAUCAGGAACAGAAUGCCAAAUGUAUUUUUAGCGGACUUGCUAUUGACAAUUCUUCCACCGAGUUACAGAUUCCUCUUCGUAUUUAAAACUUUUCAUUAACAGAAAUAAGGUCAGCCGUUUUAAUCUACAAACAGUUGUUUACAUUUUGUCUUAUGCGCUUCAAACUUCAAAUGUUAGAAGUCAAAACAUUUCAUGUCUGCUUCCAAUGAGAACAUGUUUUUCCAUCAUGUGCCCAUGUUGUGCUUCAAUCUUACCCUUGGUAUAAAUCUUCUUUUCUGUUUUUUGGUGGGGAGGGCAUGGCAAUGCACGAUAAUGUGAAUGGAAAAUAAUAAUUGAACCAAGAAUUUGGGGGAGAACGGUGAACCACAACAACCACACUUAGAUGAAAAUGGGAGUAGGGAGGACUUUGUAGAAAUCAAUUAUUUUAAAAUUUGCAUUAGUAUUAAUUGGUGCAAGUCAACCAAACUGCAGCAGAUGAAGUGACCUGAAUUCCUAUGGGUUGCAUCAGAUGCACCUUUGAAAAUGAACAUGUCUCGCAGGGUUGAAAUGAAAGUUGACUUGUUUAUUGGGCUAUCGCCUUUUAUAGCAAUACCCCCCCCCCUUCCCAUCCCCUGUUUGAGGACUUACCUUUUCUUCUUACCCCUGAGGAUUAAAUAAAAUUGUAUUUACUCCUGAAGACUUGCAUAAGAUAUAGGUCCACCCACUGAAGAAUAUGGGUCUACCCCUGAAGAAUUUUGUGAAAAUUGAAGCUUUACCCUAAAAUAAUUCCAUAUUUUUUUCUCUAUUCCCAAAGGCAUCCUCAAUUUCUAUAGCUUAUACUGAAGAGCUCCACUUGUACUCACCCGGGGGAGGAGGGACGGAUGUUAAAUGCGAUAGCCCAUUUCAGGCCUGGGGUAACACUAAGUAAUAUUUUGUGCAAGAUGUGUCACAACAAACUAAUUGCUGCAAGUUGUUGGCCUACAAUGUUGCAUCUGUUUGCAAAAACCAGUUUCAAACUUUGCACUACAACUCCCAACAACAUGCAACAACAUGCAACGAGUGUGCAAACGGACACAACAUGUAACAUCCAACAAUGUUGGGAGUUGUUGGCCUACAAUAUUGCGUCCGUUUGCAAAAACCAGUUUCAAACUUUGGCUCAACAACUCCCAAUAACCCGCAACAACAUGCAACAAGUGUGCAAACGGACGCAACAUGUAAUAUCCAACACUGUUGGGAGUUGUUGGGCAACAAUGUUGCGUCCGUUUGCACGUAGCAUUAGAGUGUCUUUCAAAGGUUAAAAAAAUCACAAAAUUCGACCUAAGAUUAGAUCACAGGAAUGCCCGUGAAGCAUCCAGCCAUGAAAUUGUUUGCCUUCCAUUGAACGGUUUCCCCUAAUUAUGAAUUUAUAAUUCAAUGAAUUGUUUAGGGAAAUUUACGGCACCUAUAAAAAUAUACAUACAAAGUCUCUAUUAAUUAUCAUCUUAGAGGCUUAAAGACAAUAGUCAGAGCAGAAAAGAACAAAAGAAUCGCCAGAUUUUGUCCAUUUCAAAACAACGCAAUGAAAUGAGCAACGAACGAAACUCAUGAUCAACCGGAAAUCUUCAUACUCACCAACAUUAUGGAAUUCUUCACAUCCUAUCUUGAUUUAAAGAAAUCAAACAUUGCUUAGAAGAACACUGGCCAAACCUUGGUGGUUUGGACGACUUCAAAUAUGAAAAGUUCGCAGCGCCACGAAGCGACAGGCAAAGCGAUGGAAUGCAAGAAGACCGAAGCACUUCGGGACGGGACGAAAUAUGAAACCACGGUAAUAGUUGUACAGCGGAAUCCCAAAGAAAUCAAAAUGGCGGCCUGUACUCUCUAUGUUACAGAACGAGUCAAAAUUCUAAAACGUUUAGUUGUUUGGGAAGUAGAAAGGCGUUUCGGAAUGUCAAAAGCAAGAAAAAUGUUAGUUUACUUCAUAUAUUAACUUUUGGGAGGACUUACUUCUGAGUAAAUGCUAAGUAAGGUUAGUGAAAUCUCGUUUUCAUUAAUUUCGUUUUAUUGACUGUUGGGGUGUUUGUUUGUUUAUUUUCGCAGGUCUUCAAGUAGUUAUGAAGUCCAUCAUGUGUGCCAUGGUGCCACUUCUGCAAAUUUGCUUACUCGUAGGAUUUGUAAUUAUAAUUUAUGCAAUCAUAGGAUUAGAAUUUCUCAGUGGAAAAUUCCAUUUUGUUUGCCACGAAAAUAAAACAGGUGAGUAUGACAAAAAAAUUCGCAAAAAUAACCCCCAUAUUUCCAACUCAUACACUAUUAUGCUCACUGUUUGUUUAGGGUUAUUCGUCAGGGGUAACAUAAAUGCUGACCUCAAAAAAUUAAUUGGACAUACAGUGCAUGUAACCUUAUACCUGUCAGUAUUCUUAUGCCUUAGUGGGCCCUCUUUGUUGCGGAGGGUAAGCCCCACAGAGAGGGCACUAGUUGCCUUAUUCGGCCUAGAUGGGUAUGUGAAAUGCUGAAUAUAUGAAUUUCAUAUAUUUGAUCUGCAGUAUGAAGAAAUUUAUGCGGAGACGAUUAUCAGAGUUAAAUAGUACCCAACUUAUGCAGUUGUGAAAAGAGAAGCCUGAAAAAGUUCAGGCUUUCUGGGAUUUCAACCCUGUCCUGCAGCACUCUAACCAAUUGAGCUAGCAGGCCAAAUGGGAGAUGGUCAAUAAAUUACAUUAUCAUUUGAAGAAAAUUUUUCUUUCUUUUCAUUGGCCGAGAGCCCACCAUGUGACCUGCAAAUAACUGCCUAAAAAUAAUGGUUUGCUCAUGCGCAAUGCAGUCCAACUGUUUGUUUGCAAAUAAUAUUCUGCUUAUGCAUAAAGGAAACUGUGCUUUUCUCCUUCUUGCAAUCACUCUUGCGUGAAAAUGGCAGAUCGCUUCGUUUACCGAGGAUAUUCAUUAAAAAAAAUGAACUCGUGAUUUAUAUUGUGAUUUGUCAGUGUCUCGCUGAUCAAUUAUUUUCCUUGGCCUUCGGCUUCGGCAAAUAGUUGAUCUGCUCGCCACAGACAAAUCACAAUAUUUUGCUCAACCUCGUCCAAUAAUUGUUAAUUAUUUUUUAGUAUAUACUAAGACAGUGGAUAGGGUUUUUUGCUCUCUGAUUGGCUACUCACUCAGGAUAUCCAGUGCUGUUAACCCCGAAUGAAGCCAAACUCACGUAAGCUUCAAGCAAAAUGGCUUUCUGGUUGGCUGCCGUAACAAACAAAGAAAUUAAAGUUAAAUGGUUUUUUUUCUACAGAAUAGUUUCAAACAGAGGAAUAAUUCUUUUGAAGAAAUAUCCCCACAAGAGCUAAAAAAAUGCACUCUUAAGUUUUAUUUGUCGGCAAGACAGUAAGACAACGUGACAGCAGUUAUUUGCGUGGCAAAAUUGUUGCCUUUUGCAGCAAUUAAAAAUCAUCAUUUUUGAACUCAAUCAUCUCACUGUUUUGGCAUAUUAUACAAAAAUAAUUAUUAUUCACCUCAGUUUCGGUGGCUAGUGAUGGAAAUUUAGGGACUUGUCAGAAAUUAGCAGAGGGGGAGUGGGGGUGGAAAUAGAGGGAGGGUCACAACUUUUUGAGACUGCAGAAAAGGGAGGGGUCAUGAAAAAUGGGCCGUUAAAAGGGAGAGGGUUAUGUAAAUAUGUGUCCGUGAUCAUGUAGAGGUUCACCCACAGAAGAAAAAAGAAGUUCUUUAUUUUGUAAAAAAAACCUGAGAGAAAUAGGAGAGUCAAGUGAUCAGCUAUCAGAAUCAGAAUCGGACUCUUAAUGCUGUCAUCUAAAAUGUAUGUAUAUGGCAUUUCAAAGAACAGAUUAGAAAUAUAUUUUGAGCUUUCAUAAUACUGACUCACCCUAGUGUAUUGCAAGAACUAGAUUUUAUCAUUUAUACAAGAGGGGGAGGGUCAUGACAUUUUAGGCCAAGGUCAAGGGAAAGGGUUAGCAAAUUUUGCUCCCAUUGCAGGGAUGGGUCACCUCAUUUCCAAACCCAAAUUUAAAAUUUCCACUCCCUCUUCCCCCCCUGCUAAUUUCUGACCAGUCCCUUACCUUGCAGCUUCAUGACUUGGUAAAUAAAAUGACGGGCCCCGAGUUUGCCUGCUAGCUGAUGACAGCCAUUAGAACCCUUUGAUCUCUAAAAUUUCUACUGUGCCCUGACCCUGAUCUUUGCUUAUUCAGCUUAAGAAAGUAACAAAUGAAACACGCGAGAAUUUACCGUGCUUGGUUGUCCUCUGUAUUCACUAUUGUUUCCUCCCUUUCUACAACAUUACCAUAUUUCAGAAAGAUUACUGAGGGUAGUCAAGUGCGGUUAAUUCUCCCGUGCUGCAUGAGAAUUUGAUAUUGUGAUAAACUCGAGACAAUAGGAAAUCCCAAAGCAAAAAAUUAUCAGAUUCCAAAUCUAUCACAUCGCUUCAAUAUUUACUCAAUUUUGCACCUUCCUUAGGCAACUUAAAAUGUGUUAAUGGAUAAGAAAAUCAGGCAUUUUAUAGUACAUUGAUCAAUUGCAGCACUGAAAUUGUUUAAAGAAAAUUUAUCGCAAAAUUUGGGUUUAAUCGCUGUUUUUGUGAAAGUAUCCUGAGGAAUUACCAAAAGAGCUCAGCAUUGCAUUUUACCCUGAUUCACAUGUUUUUGUGUUUUCGAAAUCGCGCAAGUCUACUUGCAUUUAUCCAAUUGUAGAGUGUAUAAGGGUCAUUUGCAAAAUGAACGAGCGAUAAAACCUUUCUGCGAACAUCCAAAAAGUAGCACAUUUGUCUGCAUAAAGUUCAGUCUUUAGUUCGUGCCUAAUUUUUACCCCUUUUUUAGGAAUUCCAAGAUAUCUAGAAAUUCCUCCUAUAGAUUUUUGUUUAACUUUGUAUAACGGAAUACAAGCACCCAAAGUAUGCGCAUUGUAAAGAUUUCCAAAGUUGAGGUUAAUAAGGGAUGAAAUUGCAUAUAAAGCUAAAACUGUCAUGAUGUCAUUACCAUGUGAUAUUUAAAUUCCGAUCUCCAAAAAAAUAACAUCAUAAAUGCAGUUUAGUCUAUGAGUAAUAAUUGUGUUAAAAUGAUUUACCAUAAUAGCUCAAUUUUUUAAGUAUAAGAGAUUCAAAGAUGGAAUGUGUCGCUACAAAAUUAUUGUAUUGAGCCACCUUAACUUUGUGUUUAAGAAUACUUAAUGACUGAAUAUCGCUCAAUUCAGUGGGCAGAAUAGCUGAGGACAGGUAAUUACAGAAAUCCACAAUGACACACUCUAGAUAGCCUGCAAAAACAUCCGUUUCUCCUCGCUCUUUGUUGAUGGGGACAUUUCACGUGGAGUGUCUGCGACUCAGGGACAGAAAUUCCAUACUGAUGGGGACAUUUCGCGUGGAGUGUCUGCGACUCAGGGACAGAAAUUCCAUACUGAUGAUGUAAAAUCUGUCCGGAAUCGGUGGAAGAGCUGAUUGGUCAACGGGGAAUUUACAUUGUUUUAGCUAUUGUUUACGAAUGACAGUCUUGACAGACAAAAGGCCACAAAGAUCAAAUAUAAAUGUGAAGAAUCUCUAACAUAACCAAGUCAAUAUUUGUGGAAUAUUGUCUUCUCUAGAAGAAGUAUUUGAGUUUUGUUGGAGCUCGUUGGUAGGUGAACACAGUAUACCAAAAUCAACAAGAAGACAAAUAAAAUUGGACAAAUUUAUAUUUCGAGCCCUAUGACUACGGGAUUUAUUAUGUAAACAUUGAUUUGCGUCAUCAGUAUGGAAUUUCUGCCCCUGAGUCACAGACGUUCCUCCACGCGAAACGUCCCCAGCUACAAAGAGCAAGGAGAAACGGAUGUUUUCACAGGCUACACCCCAGAAUAAGCCCUGGAAACAGGGUGCUUAUGUUUUGUGCUUAUUAACCUUAAAAGUUGUUACAGGUCAAAAUCAAUCAAGUCCAGGAGAGAGACAAAGAAAAUUGAGAAUCAACAUUUAAAAAUUUAAUCUGAACUUAAUUUUUUUGAAAGUUAAUUUUGACCUGUAACACAGUCAAAGAUAGUAUUACAUGCAGAAAAACAAAACCUGAAUCAGACUUAAUUGGAGCAACCCCUUCAGCCCUAUGCUUUAAUUUUUUAUGGUUAUCUUAGGUACGUGGCAAAUUCCAGAUGAACCUCAAAUCUGUGAUCGUGGUGGUAAGGGAACACAAUGUAAAGUGGGUCAAAACUGUUCAGAGUUCUGGAAAGGACCCAAUUAUGGAAUCACAUCAUUUGACAAUAUAUAUGCUGGAUGUUUGACAAUAUUUCAAGUAAUUACUAAUGAGGGCUGGACAGAUAUAAUGUACUGGGUAAGUAAACUUGUACAUGAAAACUAUUUUACGCUCCUCUUGUUGUCCGCAAUCCUAAUCUCCAGGUUGCUAUUACUCAGUCAUGGUAGCGACCUUUGUUCAGACUUCCACUGAGAUUAAAUGGAGUGCAUAGAGCACAUGUUUUGACCUUCUUUCACUUACAGUCUGAUCAUGCCUGUUUUGACCAUCUGCCAUGUGAAACUUAUGCAGAGCUAAUAGCCAAAGGGAUGUCGAAGGGAUGACUGACAUUCAGAUAAAUACAUUUUCACCGAUUUCCAUAACUAUCAAUAAAAAUCACUUGACUACUGACAAUUUUUAUCAAUUUUCAAUUUUUAUCUAUUAACUACUCAGGGAUGUAACUUCACCCGUUCCCACAACUGCUACACCAAUGUUAUUUUGAAAAGGUGGCAGAUCUAAAUCACGAAAAACUGGGAGCCUACAAACCUGGCCAAUAUCGGCCAUCAGAAUGAAGAUUUUAAACCUGGUUUUAAAGAAAAGAUGAGAUCUUUUAAAGAUUUUUUUAUUGAAAACUGAUAUUGUUUGAUCCUUUGACUCUCAAUUGCAACUCAAUUGUCAACAAAUUCACCAUUUGCAUGAAAUCCAUUUUCAUUUUUGGAUGAACAGAAGAACGGAUGUAUCUUCUGUUAUAAAUUGAUGAAAUGGGUGAAAUCAAGAUAGCUUGAUAAAUGAAACAAUUGUGUCAUCGAUUUCUACCAACUGAUCAAUACAAUCGAUAUCAAUUUUUAUUGAUUUAUCAAUUGAUGAAUGGUUUUACCAAUUUUUAUCGAUUGACUACUCCAGGUAGUUCAUUAAUGUAAUUAACAAAGCUAGAUGUGUGAAGUUCUGAUUGGUGUGAUUUUAUUUUCCUUGUAGACAUUUAAUGCCUACGAUGCCCAUGGUUAUUUCUUCUGGAUAUAUUAUUACUCUCUCGUUAUAAUAGGAUCAUUUUUUAUGCUUAACUUGGUUCUUGGUGUUCUUAGUGGGUGAGUGUCAUGAACAGCUAUUGUAGUGGGUAGAAAAAUGGAAAAAGAAUGCAAGGGAAAGGUGUAAUAGAGUGUUUUCACAUGACGUCACGGCGGCCAUAUUGGUGUCCCAAAACAAUAAAACGGCGGCCAUGUUGGUGUCCCAAACCAAUCCUGUGGGAGUUGAACUUUUUUCUUAUACAAACGCUUUCUUUUGUUCCAAUUACUUUGCAUAGAUGCUGGCUGCUUGAGUGAAAACACUCUAUAUUGUUGUAUGAUGAAUAAUAGUCAAACAAUAACUGCAGAAAAUAGUGCAUAGAAUUAUUUUUACUACUUCAAGAGUGGAAGGUUCUUUUGACUAAAUGAAGUGACAGGGGAAUAGCUCAGUCGGUAGAGUGUUUGACUACAGGGCUGAAGGGUGCAGGUUUAAUUUCCAAGACAGAUCCAUACUCAGGGUCACAAAAUUACUUAUGAGAUAAAGAUAGUGCCUUUGGCUUGCCCUGCAAACGGCUUUACCUUCAUGUGGCUUAGAUUACCAUAUAAAAUGACAGCCCCAUCUCCAGUUCAUCUGCCACGUGGUUAGCUCUUUAAUCUGGAGACACACACCGUAGUAGGAGACGUAAAAAAAGUGUUCUCAAUUGUUAGCACUUUUGUACUUAAUACAUUGACCUUCAAAUAAAGUGCAUCUUUUUAUUAUUUUUAUAAGGCAAAUACAGAACUUAAAACAGUUUCCUUCAUUUCCACCAACCAGAUGAUGAUAUCCAUCUAUCUGCCCCAAUUUAUACCUUAUUUUCCUUUUUAGUGAAUUUGCAAAAGAGAGAGAAAGAGUAGAAAAUCGGCGAGCAUUUCUUAAAGUGCGUAGAACACAGAAAAUGGAGAGACAUCUUCAUGGUUAUAUUGACUGGAUCAGUAAAGCAGGUAUUGUUCAAUCCAAACUCCUACAACUCUGUGCUCUGUAUUUGUGGUAAAUUCUAAAUCAAAUGCAUUGUGUGGUGUAGACCCUAUAUUUACAUGUAUUUAACAAUUAUUCCACGAGGGCGCGUUGGAUAUGAGAUCAUAGAUAGCCAACGAGGCGCGUAGUGCCGAGUUGGCUAUAAUCAUCUCAUAUCCAACAAGCGCAGGUGGAAUAAUUGUUUUAUUAAAAACGCCCACAAAAUCUUGUUGAAUCUCCCCGACUAGAACAAACCGGAAAAGACAAGGGACUUCCGCUAUUCACAUGUCACAUGUCUAUCAAAACUGUCAAACGGACUCUCCUGGACUGCAUGAAUAAAAAAUCAAAACAUUGUAGCGAUGAACAUUAGUUUUUUAAAAACUCAUCGAGAUUCUAGGAUUUUACACAGCAGAACAGCUAAAAAAACCUGGCAGAUAAUGUGAAGGAAAAGAAUAUUUAAGUGACAGCUGUCGAAAUUACUUUGAAUUUGGAUUUUCGGUGCAGUUAUAAAAGUAAGAACAACGGAGGAAAACUAUUACCUCGGUCGCUUGUUAUGAAGUUGUUUGAAGCCACCAGCUGGUUUUGCUGAAUGAGAAAAGAAGCUAUACUGCCGCCUCGAUUGCUGUAGUGAAUGGCUGCAUAGCCUGUAUUUGCAGCUGGUUACUUGUGAUUUAUAUUCUUGAUGUCGGAUAAACAAGCCGCAGUUAUCGGCGAGUGACUUGAUCGGCGAAUGGCUUCUCGAUCAUGAAGAAACAACACUUGUCUUCUUUCGUAGCUGGUCAAGGUACUUUAGUUCCAUGUGUUUUCAUGUGUUUUUCAACAAACUUUCAAACAAGCUCUUGUGGCUUUUUUGUUUGUUUUUGUCUUUUUUCUUUCGAUGAAAUUGCAUUUCUUGUAUUCUAAGAAAUGAAUUAAAACAAUUUGCUUCGGGUACCGUUCUAUCCUUCGCGAAAAAAAAAAAAUCUCAGCUAGCUUCCCCUGAAGUAUUGAGAUAAUGAAACCGCCUAUAUGCAUUGAUUUCUUUUCUUUUGAUCCACUUGUCCAUGUCUUCAGAUAGGUUCAUCCUAUUAGGGAUAAAAAUAUUUUUUCUUUUUUCCUCACGCUAAUGAUAUGUUUCAUGUUCAUUUACCGUGCUUAAAUAUUCUCACUGAAAUUCUCCAUACUUCUUUAUUAAGCCAAUUUAAUGUGACGUUCCACAUGUUUUGUCUUCAGCCUAAACGUUAACUUUGAAAUUUACAUAAUUAAUGUACAAACUGAGUACUCACAACUGUUGUCUUUGCCAGAUUAAUUGUUGCUGCAGAAUAUUCAAGAGGCCAUUAUUGCUCUUGGUAUAUUGCCAUGUUUAUUCCCAACAGUAUGUCCAGAGCGGUUUUCCUGUUGAGAAAUUAAAACCAGUUAACCAAGAGAGUUAUUCCCGAAAUCAGAGUAUUGAAAUAUUCAAAUCAAGACAAAUCACUCAUGAGUUGUCCAGCUCAAGUAGCUUAAGACUUACACCCCUCGAAGGAUGAGCUAAAAAACGAAGGCUCCAAAAUCAGAAGUUUUGCUUUCUCGAACUAUUAAAAGGUAGCUCGAAUUUUUUUAGCUUUUGUUUGUUUGAAAAGUCUAAUAAAAAGGCUAACCUUAAUUGUGUUAUAAACUAUGAAAAGUGCCGGAAAGUAUAAAAUCGACAACACCGAAUGAAUAUCAAGCUUAACCUUAAUUAGCUUUAAAAUUAAACUUAGUGAUAAUAAGAAGUGAGUAGACUUACCUUUUUAAGUAUGUUUCUUUGUUUGAACUUUCAACAUGUCAAAAGAAUCAUUAAGAAAAAUUUUCCAAUGUUUAAACAGCAAUAAACGGCCAUUGCCAAUUGCAUGACAAGUGAAAUUGAGAGCGAUUUUCUUUUUCAAGGUACGCGUCAGCCUUGAAUCUUGGCCAAAGACCAUUAAGUAAAAAUCAUGUUGAUUACAUCCUUAUAUAUACAGCAGUUUAAGGCCUGGAGCGUAACAGAAAUUCAUCCUCAAUUUUAAACUGACGCGUACACCGACCGUAUAUGGAGAGCAUGGUAUAAUAGCUCAUAUACCAUAACGGCUAAGCCAAUCAAAAUGCUAGAAUUGCAUUAUCCAAUGAUUCAGUUUUUAAUAAAUUGUAAUAUAAUAUUUCUGUAUAUAAUUAUUACAAAUGAGCAUAAAUGGAAUAACAAGGAUUUCUUUUGUUCCAGUUGUAAAUUUAGGGAUGUAUGAGGGCCACCCCCUGUAUAGUAAACUGCUCUAGCUUGCAAUCACCACAACCCAGCCAUGAACCCCAUGUGCAGUGACAUCCAAGAAUCUGUCACAGUAUAAUUAUUAUUGGCCCUUUCAUUCCUAACAGUAGCCAUAAGGCAAAAAUUCAAUUCAAUUUAUUUUUGUAAAAUUCUGUGAAGUUAAUAGCACUAUGCAAAAGUUCAGCCAAAGACCUAUCAUUUGUAUGUGUAAUCAAAUGCUGACAAGCGAAAUUAGGGAAUAAUUUUCCGCGUGUUUUGUCCAAAUCCUUAUAAUUUCCCAAGCCUUUCUAAAGGCGAGGGAAAUUAUUAGGAUUUGGACCAAACACAAGUGAAAUCAUUCCCUAAUUUUACGAGUAUACCAUUUGAUUACCUAUUAAUAUCAUGGGGGACAAAUUACGUUGCAAUCUUGGAUAAUAUUGAUCGAGAACUCCACUCUCUUGAAUGUUUAGAGCUUAAAUUUGGCAUAAGUUCAGAAUUUUUCGACAAAAUGCCUGUUAGAAUCCUUCUUGAUGUGCUCUUUCGUGUGGUCAGGUUUUCUAAAGCGUCUUUUUAUGCCCUGGCAUCUUCAUUCAUGACAUUUUAAAACUUUGUCGCCAUCUUGACACUGAGACGUACAGAAGGUUGCCAUUGCAAUCACAUGUGAAAUUACAAAUUAGUAUAGGUAAUAGCAUGAUUUGUAGUGAUAUUUGGUAUAAAUACCACGAGUGAUAUUUCAAAAUUGUUAUAUGUAAUUUCACGAGCGGUUA